AUGGAAAUUAUUGAACUCCUUGUUAGAAUGUCAGAAGAUCUUAAUUGUCUUGUAACUGCAACAAGUCAACAACCAAAACCAUUUAUUUUAGUUGGGGCUGAUCUCAGUGCUAUUGUCACUUGUUUUUAUGCUCAAAUGUAUGAAUUGUAUAAUAAAAUAAUUCCUCACUUACAUGCUAUGAAACUCUCAGCAGCUAUGGGUAUCAAUCGAAUUCUUGUUUUAACAGAUAUGAUUAAUAUUCCGUUAAUUAUAGAAACAUCUGACAAUGCAAAAGAUGAUAAUAUUAAUAUUAAUCAUCGACAAGUGAUUGAAUUUAAUUGA